CAAAAAUUCCCAGAAUCCUUUGAAAGUGAGACCUUGAUGUUGAAAGGUAAUGGUGGAAAAGUGAGAAUAAAUUACAGUUUUCACUUUUUAAAUAAAAUUAUAUAAGCCCGAUCAAUUACAAUGUCGAGCUCAACGCAUAAACAUCGUUAUAAAAAUAUUGGUUUGGAUUCACAAGAACUGCGACGUCGUCGUGAAGAAGAAGGUGUACAAAUUCGUAAACAAAAACGUGAACAACAACUGUCAAAGAGACGAAAUGUUAACGUAGCACUUGCAACUGAAGAAGGUAGUGAUGGAUUCCAGGAUAUUGAUACAAUUUUACAAAGUGCUCCAGGCAUCACCCAAGAAAUGGUACAAGAUUUGUACAGCAAUAAUGUGGAACAACAAUUAUUAGCGACACAAAAGUUUAGGAAAUUAUUGAGUAGAGAACCAAAUCCACCAAUCGAUGAAGUCAUCCAAACAGGCAUUGUACCACGAUUUGUUGAAUUUCUAAGAAAUGAUUCCAAUUGUACACUUCAGUUUGAAGCAGCAUGGGCUUUAACAAAUAUCGCAAGUGGUACAUCAUUACAAACACGUAUUGUAAUUGAUGCUGGAGCCGUUCCAAUAUUUAUAGCUUUGUUGGGCAGUCAAUUUGAAGAUGUACAAGAACAAGCUGUAUGGGCACUUGGUAAUAUUGCUGGUGAUUCACCUGAAUGUCGUGAUCGAGUCUUGGAUUCAGGCAUAUUAGUUCCAUUGUUACAAUUAUUAAGUAAAUCAAAUCGUUUAACAAUGACAAGAAAUGCUGUUUGGGCGUUAUCAAAUCUAUGUAGAGGCAAAGUACCACCACCAGAGUUUUAUAAAGUUGCACCAGGUCUACCUGUCUUGAGUCGUUUAUUAUUUCAUACCGAUCCAGAUGUGUUAUCAGAUACAUGUUGGGCAUUAUCAUAUUUAUCAGAUGGACCAAAUGAUAAAAUACAAGCUGUCAUUGAUGCUGGUGUUUGUAGACGACUUGUUGAAUUAUUAAUGCAUGAACAACAGAAUGUUGUUAGUGCUGCACUACGUGCUGUUGGUAAUAUUGUUACAGGAGAUGAUAUACAAACACAAGUCAUCUUGAAUUGUUCAGCGUUACCAUGUUUAUUACAUUUAUUAGGUUCCACCAAGGAGUCUAUACGUAAAGAGGCAUGUUGGACGGUAUCAAAUAUAACAGCUGGUAAUCGACAACAAAUUGAAGCUGUAAUUGAAGCGAAUAUAUUUCCAGUUUUAAUAGAUAUUCUAUCAAAAGCUGAUUUUAAGACACGUAAAGAAGCUGCAUGGGCCAUUACAAAUGCUACCACGGGUGGUACUGCAGAACAAAUACGUUAUUUAGUUGAACAGAAUUGUAUACGUCCAUUAUGUGAUCUAUUAACUGUCAUGGAUGCUAAAAUUGUUUUGGUUGCAUUAAAUGGUUUAGAAAAUAUACUAAGACUUGGUGAACAAGAUGCUAAAGCACAAAAUGGUGUUAAUCCUUAUGCUGUAUUAAUUGAAGAAUGUUUUGGUUUGGACAAAAUUGAAUUUUUACAAUCGCAUGAAAACAUGGACAUAUAUCAAAAAGCAUUUGAUAUUAUUGAAAAUUUCUUUGGUAGUGAAGAUGAAGUUGUGGCACGUGUUGCACCCUCCGUUGAUCCAGAUCAACAACAAUAUGCGUUCAGUGCUGAUCAAUCUGUACCAAUGGGUGGUUUUCAAUUCUAGUGCAUUCAAUAACAUAAAAUAAAAUAAAUAAAUCAAUAACAUUUAUAACGAUUUUAUUAAAAAUUUAUUUAAAAAAAUAAAAAUAAUAACACAAAAUAAUUUUACGAUCAUCGAAUUGUAGAGAAAAAGUGGCCACGAUUACCAAUCAAACAAAAAAAAAAAAAGAAAAAAGA